CUAUAUAAGCUUACUCAUUCAGCUAUUCAACAUGUGACCUUUAGCACUGUCCAUUAGACUAUAAUUAGAGCCUCUGCUGAAACACAACACAGUUGAUUAUUUUCUUAUAAGUGUUACUUAUUUUAAAAUAUUGUGUUUAUUGUGUAGGAUAGAAAAGGUCAUGAUGUCCUCACAGAAGGCGGAUGUGCUGACUGUGAUAAGUGAAGACAGCCCAGAAGGGGCACUUAGCUGGAGCCAGUUUCCACCGUCAUCAUACAUCAGAGAGAUGUAUCCAGAUGUUGCUGGUGAUGUGCAAUCCAUUACAGCAGGUACUUGGUGUGGAUGGGGUCAACUUCAGUGUGCAUGUGGAGAACCAGACGCAGGUGCGAGACACCAUGAGUCGGCGACACCACCGGGUCUACCAGCUCUACAGCCGCACCAGCGGCAAACACGUCCAGGUGCUGGGACGCAGAAUCAGCGCUCGAGGAGAAGAUGGAGAUAAAUUUGCCCAGCUCGUAGUGGAGGCUGAUACCUUUGGUAGCCAGGUGAGAAUCCGAGGCAAAGAAACCAAUUUCUACCUGUGCAUGAAUCGCCGGGGCAAGCUGGUAGGAAAGAAGGCCAGUAAUCGAAGCGAUGACUGCGUCUUUGUGGAAAAGGUUCUCGAAAACCACUACACAGCUCUGAUGUCAGCGCGCUAUGCAGGUUGGUAUGUGGGCUUCACUAAAAGAGGACGUCCUCGCCGUGGCCCCCACACACUCCCCAACCAGCAAGACGUACACUUCAUGAAGCGCUUCCCGCCUGGGGAGCAGCCUGACCUCACCACCCCCUUUCGCUUCACCACCAUCCCCAAGAAGGGCAAGCGGGUGCGCGCUACCGGGCCCCGCUAGUAGUGGCCAACGCUAGCACCCACUGUCUUGUCAUCCAAAGCCUUGACCUGAGCCUGCCAAUGGCUAACCCAGUCAUCUCCUCUGUCGCACACGACUGAACACCUCCCUUUGUUGGAACAAACAUUGACCUGAAACUUGAUGAAUCAUUCAUGGGGUUUAGCUUUACACCUACUAAGUUGCCACUACAGCCCCCUAGUUAGUGAUCAAUCCUCUCAAUUUUAGUUCCCUUACUGGACUAACUGGAUCAUGACUGGUCCAUCGCUGGAAGCUCCAUGGACUUGGUCUGCUUCCCUUCAUAGACCAGAAAAUACUGACAGGGAACCUGAAUUGCAGCCAGAGUCCCAGACUCUACGAAGGCCUUUAUUCCACAACCACAAAAACAACAAGGCCUUCAUGUCUCCUGUUCUGGACCAGCUGGACAAUGUCAAGUAUGGGAUUACAACUGGACCAUACAGAGAGAGAACAAGGGUGGGAAAGACUGACUGAACAAGAGAGUGGGUGCUUAGCUUAUGGAUAAAGGGAAAACAGGAAGGAGAGGACAGGAAAAUGGCAGAGUGGACAAAGGGAUAGAGUGAUCUGCACAGAUCAAAUGGACCAAUAAUGGACUGUUGACAUGUGACGCACUUAUUUGUCUCACUGCUAAAUUGGUGUGAACCUGUGAGACUGUUGGAUGAAUGAGUGAAUGACUGAGUGAGUGACUUACUGAAUAAACGCGUGUUUGUAAAAACAAGAAGACGAGGAAAUGUAUGUCAGUGUGUGUGUGUGUGUGUGUGUGUGUGUGUGUGUGUGUCUGUGUGAGCGAGUGCACCAACAACCAUGAGUGAAGCUGGAUCACGAGGGACUCUGGAAAAGGGACCAUGCAUGUCCCUGCAUGAACCCGUGACAACUCACCGCAGGGACUGAAGCUUUAGGAACUGGAAUGUAUAAAAACCAAGCUGCACCAAAAACAGUCAGCCAAUCACAGCAAACCAAACCAACGACGACCAAAGACAACUGGAGACCUUCUUCAUGACUCCUCCACAUGCCCCGCCCCCUCCCUGAGGACACUACACCCUAAGCUUAUAGGUGCAGAGGAAGACGAGCGCAGGGGCGAGCGCAGUGGGGAGGGUGCCUUGUCUAUUAGCAUUGCUAUAGAAACGACCCAGGGGAGGAUGCUCCCGUGCGAUACCGUGGAUACAGAAUGCUGCUACCAGGACAUUCAGUGGAACAAACCAAAGUCUCAUGCAUACACAGGAGAAAAAAUAUUAAAGGGAACAAUUUAUUGAAAGUUAUAUAUAUUAUAUAUAUAAAAGAAGACAGAAACCCUAAAUAAGCAAUCUUACUAUGAUGGUUAUUAUAAUUAUUACGAUAAAAUUAUUUCAUUUAUUUAUUUCAGCUCUGUGUGCAGCAGUCUUUCUCGACUCAGUAAACCUUACAGAAACAUUUCCUGUCUCCCAGCCUCUUUGGACUGCUUUUUUACAUGCUCAAAUCAGACUUGAGUUACAAAUUAUGAUGACUUCAUACUUGACAAGACAAAAUCAAAAAAGACUUGCACCUUGACUUGGACUUUAAUACCAAUGACUCUUGACUUCACUUGGACUUGAGCCAUUUGAUUUGAAAGUAUUUGAUACCUUCUCCCAAGUCAUGCUAUAUGCUAUGAACGUGUACCGUUUAUACCAAGAUAUAUCCUCUUUUAUCUUGUUGGCAAUAUUGCAAUCAAUCUAUGCGCAGGACUAAUAUGGCAAUAUUGGGUUUGCAGGAUUGUUUUUGGCAUAAAUGUACCUUAAAUUUUCAUGUAUUUCAUUCCCCAGAUUCACCAAAAACAGACAUUGCCCUCUUGUUAAUUAAUCCAUUAACUGCACCAUUACCAUUAGGUGAAUUUCAAGAA